AUGACUUAUUGUCAUGAGAGAUGCUGUUCAACAGCUGACGGUUUCGCAAAUCUACCGUCGACCGUCGUGUUCGAAGCGGGCGUCGAACCGAAACAGAAGAAGUACAGUGCAUUCAUCAAACCCGAGGGUUUGAAACCGAGUACUGUAGCUGUGGACUUUGCGGUAGAUGAUGUCGGUUGCAUAAGCGGCAUCCCGGAAGAGCAUAUUGUGACUAGAACAGCGCAUAUAUUCAAACCGGCGAAGUACGCGACCCAGGCUGGCACCAAUCACACACACCGCUGGAAGAUCGAGUUCGAUAAUCGUGAGCGCUGGGAAAGCCCACUAAUUGGCUGGUGUUCAAAGUAA